AUGUCCCCCAAAAGAAGGGCGAACCACCCGGCGACCCCGCCAUCGAAGCGAAGGAAGUCACGACUCAGUGAAGACGACAUCUCAGAUGACUCCUACGCAAGGAUGGAAAGAGAAAUCUUCGACAGCCCUUCGGAGACACCAGCGGAAGAUGGCGACGCCACCUCCAGACACCACGUUGCAGGACGAGGGGCCGGCACCUCCACGGGGAGUAGAGCCUCAGCCGAUAUUCCCAAACCUUCCAUGCCGACUCCCAGGCCCGAGACAGCCAGCAUGGACUCCGGCAUCAGCACGGGACGGGGAGCCUCAGCCGAUAUACCACAAGCCACGACUCCCUCUACACCGGCCAAAGCACCCUGGAAUCCGCGACCAGUCACCUCGACCACUACGCCACGACCCUUCCUAUCACGCGGUGGGCCACCCCCCCCAACAGGGGCGCCACCACUCUCGAUUCCGGGUACAGUGGGCUUCGGAGUGGGCCACCCACCAAUUGCGGAUGUGGGGCAACGGCUGCAAACCUGGCACUUGGAGUUCAACGAGGGUCCGACUAUAUCCGUCGCCGGGCAACCGACACGCAGUUGGUUCUUCCAUCUCAGGCAGGGGUUUGUGCACAAUGUGGAUGGAGCACUCACAGCGCAUCACGACGUGGUAUUGGAGCCGGUCAGAGUGGUUCGGGGAACAUCGCUGCCAAUGUCGACAACCUCGAUGCCAUCGCAGAUCACGUCAGAGAGAACCCCGCCUCGUGCUGAGGACUAA